UGACAUGCCUCCCAUGAAUUCCUCCGCGCCGCUAACCCGAUUGGGAGGGCCUGGAUACCCGCGCGUUGCUCUUGCAUUCACUUGCGGUCCAGACAAACACUCCAUGGCACAUUCCUCUACCUUGGCCAUGAAACAGUGAAUGGGCGGAUUAAUGAAAUACCCCGAGGGACCUCCCACUAAUCACCAUGGCUACCACCGACCGCAGGUCCGCGCGAACAGGGCCGUCGCGUCGCAACUACGAGCAACAGCAACUCUCUCCUUUCCAUCGAGCAUAUCUUGAACCCCACGCCACCGACCGUUUUGACGCGUCGCAAAUACCCAGUCCUGCGGGCGAGUUUCGCGCUCGGCGCCGGAGGAACCUCAGUCAAUCAGGCACCCUGCGAGGUGCGUUCGAAGCCGUAUCGCGGUAUCCAACAAUGUCGGAAAACGUCACGGGGGACCCUUAUGCAUUGGGGACCCCGAAUCGGAGGAAACAGAGCUUCGCCCACAUAUCCCCCGACUCCAACCCCCCGAACGAGCUGGCGGAAACAUACAGGCAAAUCGACGACGCCGGAAGCUUGGUCGAUCAGGAUGAAGAGGACUUCCGUUUCUCCGCAAACCGGUUCCGCGACAAUCGAAGUACACGCUCAUCAUCUGGAUCUAGGACCCGAGGAAAUAGUCUGUUUAGCACUGCAGAUGCAGACUUUCUGAACGAAGUCGGCGACGAGUCCCUCCGCCGAAAACUGGCCGACCACAUCAAGGACGAACAACGUUUAAAACGAGCUACCGCGAACCGGUCGCCUGUGUUGAGCAAAGCCGGAACGCCGGCGGCGUUGACAUCAGAGAAUUUACAGAGGCGUGAUGAGGAAGAGCAGGAGGUGUUUCAAGAGGACGAAGAGGAGGACCAUCUCAGGCCUUCGUUGAACGUCCCCGCCAACUGGGGCAGCAGGGGCACCCAUCGUCGGGACUGGCUUAGAAAUAUCACUCGACGCACCGAAUCCGAGUCUGGGCGGACUGAGGAAGGACGCAAAGAAGCGUCUCCGCGUAAACUCAGCACAGAUAUGCGCUCACAUAGCGGAUUUCAAGAUCGAGUCAGUGAGGGAAGCCGGAAUGCACUGGGCGAGCCUCCAUCCAAUAGGUAUAAUAGGAUCCCUCCCUCAGAUGCGCACGCCAAGCUCUUCUCAGGGCAGAAGGACGAGAAGCUAGGUGAGGGAAGUCCAAUUCCGAACACCCCAAUCAUGGUAUAUAAGAACUCUACAUUUAGCAAACGAAGUCCAACUAAGAGGGACUCGCAUGACCUUCUUCGCAAGCUAUCCAGGGCAGAGAGCCCACCCCAAAACCAAGCCGAAUUCACAACCCCAGAAAACUCAAAACUACCUGAGAGGCGGAUCUACGACAAAACGCCGGUUGUAACUGGCGCCUGGAUAGAUACGCCAUUGACUGAACGAAUGAAAGAGCUCCCAAAGCCGCGCCUGAGCAACCUAAAGCCACCAACAUCCGGAAAUAAUGGUCUCGCAGCAUCGUCUGGACUUGGAGUACCAACCAUUAUUGAAGAGCCCAGCAACUCUGGGUCGCAGCAGGAUUCUGUAAACGAGAAAGAAAGGAAGGAGCAAGACAAGCCAACGGCUUGGGCGAAUGAAAGGAAAAUGGAAAGGGAGAAGGAAAAGGAAAGUGUGGCAAACUUGAAGCCAAUGGAUACGAGCCAAAAGGAAGACAAGGAAAAGGGCAAGAAGACAGAGAACCAAGCAGAAAAACAGAAAGACAAGAAGAGGCCACCGCUGAUCAAACCUGAUCUCCCGAAGAGUGCCUUGGAAACUGUCAUGCAAGAUUUCAAGGCUGACAAGGAUUCUUUGGACGUUGGCGAUGACACGCUCGAAUCUCUCCAACAAAUCCUCGACGAGAAACCAAGUGAUCUAAAAACUGAAGCAGAAAACGAUGCAGAGUACGAGAAGUCUAUCCUGCAGAAACUUGAACUCGAAAGCUCGGGAAGCAGUGAUGGCGUCGAUCUUGAUAGGCUGAAUAAAAAACUGGAGUCCCUGACCGAGAAUAUCAUCAAGGUGAAGAAAGGACUUAAUGGCUUAGAAGAUCAAGUCAUACGGGAUGCCGCUACGCUUGCUGCAAUACCAGCUUCUCCGACAGGACAGCUACCAUCGAGUCAUACGUCUGACAACUGUCCAACCUGCAAAGCUCACCACAAUGGAUUAACCUCUGCUAUUUAUCUCCCACGCUUAUGGAGAUAUGACCCUAGCUCACGCCGUAUUCGACCCACUUUCCUUGGAUGGUGCAGCGGGUUGUUGCUUCUGUGGUACUUCUCUGAGUCGACGAUGUGUGAUUACUACUGUCAUCCCUUUGUUGCUGAGGCAUGCGAAGGAAAUUGUCUGCUUCCCGAUGCUCCACGCUUUCCGUUCGUCAUUCCAACAAUGCUCUGGCGCUGGUUGCACCUAUCAGCCAUCUGGGCUCCACUCUGGGCCGUGAUGGUGGCUUUCUUCAGACUCACAACCCAGCUUCUGGGAAUCUCAGAUGGCUAUGUGGAUGAUACACCCCCUCGAGCGCUCAACCUUUCUGGCGAGAUCCGGAUACGUGGGACUCGUGUAGAAGGUUUUCCUGCGUUUGCAAUCUCUAAGUAUGACUUCAGUGCACCUAAGAAGCAACAGCAGCUACCGACUCAGAAACCCACUCCGAUUGCUGUUCCCGAAUUGGAUCUAGGGUCGGAUGUACGUCAGGAGGGUAAGGCCAACUUGGAAGAUGACUCCAUGGAUGAUGAUGAAUUUAUCUAGCGAUGAAAUACUGGUGUUUUUUUGGGAUGGUGAAG